UGGGUUCUGGCCAUUGAGUGCAAACGAUAUAGUGUAGCAAUUAGGGGACAUCACAAAUGCUUAGAUGAUACUUCAAUCACAGACAACCAUGCAACCAUUUCGCGUGCGUAUUGCUGGCGCACUGUUUUACGAGGUGGCAUCCGAUCAGGGCAACCUGGGCCAGCAGGCAACAGAUGGCCUCGUCGGGAGUCCCGACCCGGAGGAGUUAGUGGCUAUGCAGGAAGUACGCUGUCACACGGCUUAUCAGUCGCAUGCAGUAAGGCUGUCAGUGGACUGCAGUCAUCGCACCUGUCCGUUGCCGCUCAACCCCAUCCCUGCAAGUUUAGGUGUACAAGGCACAACAAUCGGGCAUCAUGCGUCCAGCAACCUGCAUAUCAUGAUAAGGCAGUGCCCGAGGAAACCCGAGGAGUGUUGUGCAUCCCUGCCCAGCGCGGAUCUCGCCCCACUACGUUGGAAGAGAGGAGUGAGAAAGGAAGUCCGCUCGCUCUAAUCCUCGACAGGGAGGCCAUUCGUUAACCAAAAAAAGCCGUUAUAAUGGCAUAAAUUUGAGACAGUCCCCCUUCGUCCCUCCCUCCAACAAUCGUGGUUUCCCAAGCCAUUUUCAAAUCUAACUCUCCAGGCUUCCUUAUUGGAUUUUCUUUUUUUUAUUCCUUUUUUCGUCUUCGCACCAGAAUCGUUUCUUAUUAUCUUGCUUCCACCACCUCAGGAUCAUGACUACCCCUGC